UCUGACACGAGUGGCAUGAACCUGGAGCCGGGUGAGUGCGGGAUGAACUCAGUGAGCUGUGGCAACGGGAAACUCCGCCAGUGGCUGAUCGACCAGAUAGACAGUGGCAAGUACCCAGGGCUGGUGUGGGAGAACGAUGAGAAGAGCAUCUUCCGCAUCCCGUGGAAGCACGCUGGCAAGCAGGACUACAACCGUGAGGAGGACGCUGCCCUCUUCAAGGCCUGGGCUCUUUUUAAAGGAAAGUUUAGAGAGGGCAUUGAUAAGCCAGAUCCUCCUACCUGGAAGACCAGAUUAAGGUGUGCUUUGAACAAGAGCAAUGACUUUGAAGAACUGGUGGAGAGAAGCCAACUGGACAUCUCAGAUCCCUAUAAAGUGUACAGAAUAGUGCCAGAAGGAGCUAAAAAAGGUGCAAAACAGAUCAGCAUGGAGGAGCAACCAUCAAUGAUGAACUAUCCCUUUCCACUACCAUCCUCUUACACUUCACUACCAUCUCAGGUACCGAACUACAUGGUGCCCCAUGAACGGAACUGGAGGGAGUUUGCCCCGGAGCAGCCACAUCCCGACAUUCCCUACCAGUGUCCCAGUGUCCCCUUUGCAGCUCGCAGUCAUCACUGGCAAGGCCCUGGCUGUGAAAAUGGUUGUCAGGUGACAGGAACCUUUUAUGCUUGUGCCCCUCCUGAGUCCCAGACUCCUGGCAUCCCGAUUGAGCCAAGCAUAAGGUCUGGUGAAGCCCUCGCCCUGUCAGAUUGUCGACUCCACAUCUGCUUAUAUUACCGUGAAAUACUGGUAAAGGAGGUGACAACUUCUAGUCCUGAAGGUUGUAGGAUAUCCCACGGCCAAAGCUACGAGGUCAGCAGUCUAGAGCAAGUUAUCUUCCCUUACCCAGAGGAUAAUGGCCAGAGGAAGAACAUAGAAAAACUAUUGAACCACCUGGAACGAGGAGUAAUACUGUGGAUGGCACCCGAUGGCCUCUAUGCUAAGAGACUUUGCCAAAGCAGGAUCUACUGGGACGGGCCCCUGGCGCUCUGCAGUGAUCGACCCAACAAGCUGGAGCGGGACCAAACAUGCAAGCUCUUUGAUACUCAGCAGUUUCUAGCAGAGCUGCAAGCCUUUGCUCACCAUGGACGCCCGCUGCCGAGAUACCAGGUUGCUCUGUGCUUUGGGGAGGAAUUUCCAGAUCCGCAGAGGCAGAGGAAGCUAAUAACAGCCCAUGUUGAACCCAUGUUUGCCAGGCAGCUGUAUUACUUUGCUCAGCAAAACAGUGGACAUCUUCUGAGAGGCUAUGAUUUACCAGAACUUGUGACUAGUCCAGAGGAUUAUCACAGAUCUAUUCGCCAUUCCUCUAUUCAAGAAUAAGAUCUUCAGAAAGAGUGGU